CAGAGAGAGGUUAGGGUAAAAGGGUAGUGCGCUUCAACUUCCAGAACAGCUUUUCUGUUCUCCAAUCACUGCCUUUUUUCACCUCCUGUCCCUCCUACCUCUCUGUGUCUCUUUCUUUUUCUGCCUUUCGGUGGCUGUUUGGCUUCAGUGGGUCUUUGCCAUCACACUACAAUGACUGCUGUAGCUGUAGCCUCCCUGCAGUGAGCAUUCUGAGGUUAUGCUGCCCGAAAGUUCCCAGUUGAGUCUGAGUGAAAGAGAAAAGGGCUAAAGCCAGCGCACUUUACAGCAUCACACACAAGCCUGACCAUAAGCAAUGAGUGACCCUCAGGAUGCCAGUGACGUCACUUCAGCCGCAGGCUUGACGAAGCAUUUGCCUGUUGCAGUGCAUUCUCCGCCCCAGCGAUGUGAUGAUGAUGAUGAAGGGGACUUGAACAAGACACUGGGAGUGCAGCGCUUCCAGCAGAUCCUCACACCUCCCCAGCGCGUGCCUAUCGAACAACACCGCACCUUUAAUGAGGAGGACUUUGAGUAUCACCGUCACACCUCUCUACACAUUCACCACCCUCUGUCUAAACACCUCCCAGAGGGCCGGAGGAAAAAGCCUGGAAGAAAGCGGAAGGACUCAGGACGGAGGAGGAGUUCAUCUAUGGGAUCAGCUCCCCCGAUAGAUGAGGAUGAAGAGGAUGAAGAGGUGGAUGAAGAAUCUUGUAGCCAGCAGGAUAAAGAGGGCAAUGUCACCACCACACCUACACCGGAAACGGACUCAGAGGUGGACGCACAGUUUUUUGUAUCAGAAGAUGAUCCCGACUCCACUGUAAAGAAGAACGGUAAAGCCUCACCACAACGAAAGCUGCCAAUCAUACCCCAUUCAACGCUUCACACCAGUAUCAGCAUCCCAGAAAAUGUUGCAACAACUGCGGGCAGAAAUUGGGUUCGUAAUCUGCCCAAUGGCAGACGAGUUUCUGCACCAUGUUUGUUUCCAAGUUUGAGUUCUGGCCGCAGCUAUGAUCUGCAGGAGCGCCGCCGGACGGGCAACAUGACAGGCACUUCACUAGAGCACUACCAAUACAUGCCUACUGACGAGAGCGAGGCACAGACGCUCGCCACCGUUGACCUGGAUGGCAUUAAAAGUCACAGGUUUGAAGAUGUCCCUGGUGUGCGGCGGCACCUGGUUAAGAAAAGCGCUAAAGGUCAGGUGGUUCACAUCGGCAAGGACCACAAAGAGCCCAGCAGUCGUAUCCGGACCAAGUUGGAUCGAACCCCACAUGAGAGGAGAUCAUGGCCCUGUUACAUGGACUACAGGGUUCGUCAGGCCCGACAGCUGAAGGUGUUUGUCGAGCUGAAUGAGUUACUGAUGGAUAAGAACCAGGAGAUGCACUGGAAGGAAACAGCUCGUUGGAUAAAGUUUGAGGAGGAUGUGGAGGAGGAGACGGAGCGCUGGGGCAAACCUCAUGUAGCUUCACUCUCAUUCCGCAGCUUGCUGGAGCUCCGCAAGACCAUUUCACAUGGUGCAGUGUUGUUGGAUCUGGACCAGAAGACGCUGCCUGGUAUUGCUCAUCAGGUUGUGGAGCAGAUGAUUAUCUCAGAUCAAAUCAGAGCACAGGACAGAGCCAAUGUGCUCCGAGCCCUGCUCCUCAAACACAGUCAUCCGAGUGACGGCAAGGAGCACAGCUUAUUUAAAAGGAACAUCUCAGCAACCAGCCUUGGCUCUCUCAUAUCUCAUUACCAUAGCAGUAACCAUAUCGCCGCACCGGAGCCCCCUGCCACAGACCCGCUCAUCGGAGGACUACGUAACUUUGAGUCACGCAUUAGUGUCGACUCAGAUAGGAAUGAGAAAGACACACCCCAGUUUUUUGGUUUGCACAAGACCAAAUCUAAACAUGAGCUGAAGCUGCUUGAGAAGAUUCCAGAGGAUGCAGAAGCAACCGUUGUCCUUGUGGGUAGUGUGGAUUUCCUGGACCAGCCCACCAUGGCCUUUGUGAGACUGCAAGAAGCGGUUCUGUUAGAGUCAGUUCUAGAAGUGCCGAUUCCAGUGCGCUUUCUUUUCGUGUUGCUCGGCCCUCCCAAUGCCAACAUUGACUACCACCAAAUCGGCCGCUCCAUAUCAACACUUAUGUCUGAUAAACACUUCCAUGAAGCGGCGUAUUUGGCAGAUGAGCGGCAGGACCUGCUUACAGCCAUCAACAGCUUUCUGGACUGCAGUAUUGUGCUUCCUCCAUCUGAGGUUGGAGGAGAUGAGCUGCUGCAUUCUAUCGCUCGCUUCCAAAAAGAGAUACUGCACAAGAGACAUGAACAAGAGGUCAAACUUCAGGCCAAGGAACCCAAGAGCCCCGAGGACAUUGCUCUUCAUCCUCCUCUGAAACCUGAAGACGAUCCUCUUCGGAGGACGGGUCGGCUGUUUGGCGGGGUUAUCCGAGAUGCACGGCGCCGCUACCCCAAAUACAUCAGUGAUUUUAAAGAUUCCCUAAGUCCUCAAUGCAUGGCCACAGUCAUAUUCAUUUACUUUGCUGCCCUUUCUCCUGCCAUCACCUUUGGAGGACUUUUAGGUGAAAAGACAGAUGGUUUGAUAGGUGUGUCCGAGCUGAUUAUUUCCACUGCCGUGCAGGGAAUGUUGUUCUGUCUGCUUGGGGCUCAACCUCUGCUGGUGGUGGGCUUCUCUGGACCCCUUCUAGUGUUUGAAGAGUCCUUCUAUUCAUUCUGUAGGUCCAGUGAAAUCGAGUAUCUGACAGGACGUUUGUGGAUUGGAAUCUGGUUGAUCAUCAUUGUAGUUCUCACGGUGGCCUUUGAAGGGAGCUUCCUGGUGCGAUUUGUGUCACGCUUCACCCAAGAGAUCUUCUCCUUCCUUAUCUCUCUCAUCUUCAUCUACGAGACCUUCUUCAAGCUGGGCAAAAUCUUCAUGGAUCAUCCUCUCAGAAGCUGCAGUGGGCGAGAAGAAAAUGACACUGCUUUACCAACACCCACAAGUGACGGCAGGUCUCCAGAUGCCUCUCAAACCAUAAACCAGCCAAACACAGCUCUCCUCUCCCUGGUGCUCACGGCCGGCACCUUCUUCAUUGCCUUCUAUCUGCGUAAAUUCAAGAACAGCGCUUUUUUCCCUGGCACGCUCCGAAGGGCUAUUGGAGAUUUUGGAGUUCCUAUUGCAAUCUCCAUCAUGGUUCUGUUGGACUACAGCAUUAAGGACACUUACACACAGAAACUAAGUGUGCCUGAUGGCUUCUCUGUGACCAGCCCUGACAAGCGUGGUUGGUUAAUACACCCACUGGGCUCUGAUGGCCAGUUCCCCAUUUGGAUGAUGGUUGCCAGCAUUCUACCUGCCCUGCUCGUCUACAUCCUCAUUUUCAUGGAGACUCAAAUCACCACGCUUAUUGUGAGCAAGAAGGACAGGAUGCUGGUUAAGGGUUCAGGGUUUCACUUGGACCUGCUGAUCAUCGUGGUCGCGGGAGGUGUUUCAGCGCUGUUUGGGCUGCCGUGGUUGACCGGUGCUACAGUUCGUUCUGUAACUCAUGCAAAUAGCCUCACAGUGAUGAGCAAAGCUGUUGCACCUGGUGACAAACCACGCAUUCAGGAAGUGAAAGAGCAGAGAGUAACAGGAUUUCUGGUGGCUCUUCUAGUAGGUCUGUCCAUUGUGAUUGGAGAUGUUUUGCGGCAGGUUCCUAUCGCUGUGUUGUUUGGUAUAUUCCUCUAUAUGGGAGUGAUGUCUCUCAAUGGGAUCCAGCUAACAGAACGCAUGAUGCUGCUAUUUAUGCCACCGAAGUACCAUCCUGACCACACCUAUGUCCGCAAGGUGCGUACUCUACGCAUGCACCUGUUCACAUGUUUGCAGCUGGUGUGCCUGGCUGUGCUGUGGGCUGUAAUGUCAACCUCGGCCUCAUUAGCCUUCCCGUUUGUUCUUGUCCUCACUGUGCCAUUCAGAAGGUUCCUGCUGUCCCGAAUAUUUACUCGCCGCGAGAUACAAUGUCUUGACGCAGAUGAUGCAGAGCCGUCAUCGGAUGACAGAGAAGGCCAAGACGAAUAUACAGAGAUGCAAAUGCCAGUAUGACCUCAUUCCUCACCUGUCACUACCUGGGCUGGCCUGACUUUCUUUUCAGUCAGAGAUGUCCAGAUGUACUGCCUGUUUUUUUUUUUUAUUAAUCAGUUUUUAUCUCCAUUUUGUUUUUGCUUAAAUUAUGUAAACAUUAUAUUUAUACAUAUGUACAAGUAUUAAGAGGUUACUCAAUGUCACUUGAGCAACUAUGUAUCUGUUGCGUGAAGAAAUCUUUGUCACCUGUACUAUUAAUAUUUUUUUUUUCUGUUUAUUUAUCAGAGUUGAAAUGUUAUCGUUACUAUGUGUGUGGUUUGGAGGGUUAAAUGAAUUUAUGAUAUCCAGUCAGCUCAAAAUGACACAGGAAGCACUUUAAGGUACAUUUGAAAUGAAGCCUUUUCUACUGCUUGUCAGUUCGUUUUAUUUCAUUGCGAGGUGACAUACAAUGUACUCCUAAAAAUGAACAACUGUACAGAAUGACAUCACUGCAAAUUAUAUAUGGUUAAUAUUUUUGUAGCUAAACAGAAAUAAUACACAGAUUUAUGCUGUAUUCAACUCAAAAAAGAUAUAUCUAUAAAUAUUGCCUAUAGCAACAAAAAACUGGUUGCAGUCACCAGUUUAUUUGGAAGAAGAAAACAUAUAUGUUGAUCUAUGAAUAUGGUCUUUUGAAAUUUGUUGCAUAGCUGUUUUGAAACUAUUUUUCUCACCAGAGCACCAAAGAGGCCUGUGUGUUUAUAUAACAUGAACACUAAGAGAAUCAUAGAAGAAGUCUUAAUAGUUACAAUAAUACAUAAAUAUACAGAGUCAUUCGAUUAUAGUGGAUUUCAUUCACCUAGUUUGUCUAAGAGAAAAUGAAAGAGAGAAAUGUCAUUUUAAAAUGUUUUAUGGAGUUCAAAAGGUGAAGUUUUACACAAUCUCUGUUAUGAUGAAUAAUGUUGAUUAAAAUAUCACAGAGCACACAAAAUGGUUUGAUCGUUUAAUGCACUACCGUUUAUUUUUAUUAACAAGCUUCAUAGGUGAAUAUUUGUCUUUUAAGGGAACAGAACUAGAAUCUAUCAAAUUUGUUAAAGCAAAAAAAUACCAAAUAUGUCUCAUGUACAUUCCAAUCAAAAAGAUGAUCUUGCAGACAAUUCUUUUUAUAAAGAAGGGACUACAUCUAAGAUGUUAUUUAAUCUGUUAUGUGUGCGUAAUGUCAAAAUGUGUAUUUUCCCCUGCAAAAACUGACAGUUCAUUUUAUUGUUUUCAUUACGAUCUCACAUAUUGUAGUAGUGCCUUUUUUCAGAUAUUAUGUUGCUUCACAAAGUUGAAAAAAGUGACCUUAGCAAGUGAAGAUAGCAAGCAUUAAAGAAAAAGAGCUGUUCAACAAUAGAUUUUUGUGAUUAUUAACAUGUUACUGUAGAAUGUCAAUGAUGGUCUUUGUUUUAGCUUUGUAAAUGUUUAGAGUACAGGCCCAAACCUAAUAAA